CCCAAAAGCAAAAGAACCAUGUCAACAUUGAAUGUUCCAAAAUUGGUACAAACCCGUACCUCAAUUAUAUAAACCUUUUACAUUUUUCAAAGUACUCCAUGUACUUGCUUUCUUCUCUCUCAAAGUACAAAACAUAGCCAAGCCAAGAAAAAACUAUGAAGUGCAAGUUUCUAAGAGGGUGUGUUAACAAGUUGAAGAAAAUGACAAGACCUUGUGAUUAUUGGUUUGGAUUGUUGUCUAGUGUGUUUGAAAUGGAUUCUAUUCCAAAUGAUGUUCCAAAGGGUCACUUGGUUGUGUAUGUAGGUGAGAACUAUAAGAGAUUUGUCAUCAAGAUUGGAUUACUCCAUCAUCCACUUUUCAAGGCCUUGUUGGAACAAGCUCGAGAAGAAUAUGAUUUCAUUGCAGAUUCUAAACUUUGUAUUCCAUGUAAUGAACAUCUUUUCCUUAGUGUUCUUAGUUUUGCUAGCUCCACACAUAAUGAAAAGGUGUUUGUUUGUGUCUGACAUGAGAAAUUUAUCAUCCUUUAAUUUUACUUGAGACAUUAGUUCAUAUAUUAUACUAGCUUUUAAGUUCUAACAGCUAUGCUGAUAUAUAUAGUUGAUUCAUGUGUUGAUUAAGUGUCAUGUAUGUAGAGUGCCAAUUUGAAUCAAUUAAUUCAGGAACAUGAGGCUCCUGUUCUGUUU